AUGAAUCAUUAUGGGUUUAUAUCGAAUUUUUCACGACUAGCCAGCCCACAAAAAAAUAAUCACCAGCAUGAAUUAUUUUACUGUAAGCGAUGUUUCACCAGUUUCGAGGACCGCCCAUUAAAAUAUAAAUUACACGGCGAGCAGGCGUUGGUGAAACAUCGUUUACUGUGCGGCUCACACAAACCGGUUGUUCCUCUUAUGCCGAAAGAGGGGGAUACGCUUAAAUUCGAGGCGUGGUGUAAGACGGAACGACUCCCAUUCGUAGUGUAUGCCGACUUCGAAGCCUUACUACUGAAAACGGGGCGAAAACAAGGUGAUAAUACCACGGCGAUGCACACGCACCACCCCAUGAGUUACGGUUACCUCGUCGUCGCAGCGGAGGGGGUACCAAUAGAUUUAUUUGACCAGUUCGACAUUCCGAGUGCUCCCGUCAUUUUCCGAGGCUCGGCGACCGAAGACGAUGUGGCCAAGCGUUUUGUCCGCGACGUCCUCGAUGUAACCGCCAAGAUAGGCAGAUUGUAUAAGGAAGUUAACGUGGCGAUUUCUAUGAGUGUUGUGGAUUGCCGCGUGCACGACGCCAAGGUGAUGUGCGACUUGUGCAGCUGCACGUUUAGCGAACGCAAUUGUAAAACUGCACACCACGACCACUUGUCGGGACGUUUUUUAAAAACGUUAUGUAACACGUGCAACCUUAAGUUGAAAACACCAAAAUUCGUCCCGUGCUUCCUGCAUAAUCUCUCGAACUACGACGCACAUUUCAUCGUAACGAAUUUAGCGAACGACGACAAUAAUCGAAUAUCGGUAAUCGCUAACACUGAGGAGAAGUAUAUUUCAUUUUCGAAGUAUAUUAACAACUCGUUCUCCGUCAGGUUUGUAGACACGUGUCGGUUCAUGGCGUCGAGCUUGGCAGGCUUGGCGGAGAACCUCUCCUCCGCGAACUUUGAUAAGUUUCGCGAAGUCGCGAAAGUGUUCGCCCCGUCGGAGAUGCAGUUGGUCACGCGGAAAGGCGUAUAUCCGUAUGAAUAUACAGAUUCGUGGGAUAAAUUGGACGCUACGUCGCUGCCGGAUAAGUUCCAAUUCUACAGCGCGUUGACGGAGACGCACGUGAGCGACGAGGAUUAUAGUCACGCGACAAGGGUCUGGAAUCAUUUCGGCUGCACCUCACUCGGGACUUAUAGCGAUUUAUACCUUAAAGUUGACGUGUUGUUAAGUGCCGACGUGUUCGAGAAUUUCAGGGAUAUAUGUAUGACCACAUAUCACCUCGACCCCGCACAAUACUACACGCUACCCGGUUUCAGCUUUGACUGUAUGCUGAAACUUACGAAAGUUGAGCUUUUUCUUUUGAACGAUUUUGAGAAAAUUUUAUUCCUAGAGUCAGGCGUGAGAGGUGGCCUAGUGCAGGCCAGUAAACGUCACGCGCGCGCCAACAAUCCAGAAACGCCUGGAUACAAUGCUGAAGAACCUAACACGUCGCUCAUAUACCUAGAUGCAAACAAUUUGUACGGGUACGCGAUGUGCAAAUAUAUGCCGAUUAGCGAUUUCACGUGGUAUCCGGGAAAUCCCGAAGUCGCCCUCGACCAGCUACAGUGGAUGCGCGAGACUGAUGACAUUGGCAGAUUUUACGAAGUCGACAUUUCGUAUCCUCAACAUCUACACGACGCCCACAAUGAUAUGCCGUUCUUGCCUCACGCUAGCAUACCACGCGGGUCCACCGUGCGAAAGUUGAUGGUCACAUUUAUGCGGAAAGAACGAUACGUCGUUCAUUAUAUGAAUUUAAAGCAGGCCAUGGCCCACGGCGUUGUAGUAGAAAAAACGCACCGAGUAUUGGAAUUCCGACAAUCCCCAUGGAUGGCACCGUACAUAAACCUCAACACCGAAUUACGCAAGCGGGCAACCAACAUAUUCGAAGAAAAGUUUUUCAAAGAUUUAAACAAUUCGGUGUUCGGGAAAACUAUUGAGAAUAUGAGACUUAGAUUCAACUUAGAGCUUGUAUCGUGCCCGCGCAGAAUGCGGAAACUCAUAAAUCGACCGACGUUCAAAUACUGUACGACGUAUAAUGAAAAUCUCUCGGUGGUCACCCAACAUGGUAAAGAAGUGGAUUUCUGUAAGCCUAUCUACAUAGGAUUCUCCGUGCUAGAACUCAGCAAAGUUGUAAUGUACGGUUUUCAUUAUGACGUCAUGAAACGUCAUUACGGCGAUAAGAUCGAGCUGCUUUAUACCGAUACCGAUUCACUAUUCUACCGCGUGACGACAAACGAUUUCCACACCGAUCUUAUUGAAAAUCCAAAUCUGAUGCGGUUUAUGGACACCUCGAAUUUUCCACACGACCACAAGUGUUAUACGGUUGCUCGGAAGCGUAUUCCAGGAUUUUUUAAAUUCGAGUGUAACUCCAGGACGGUCUACGAAUUCGUUGCUUUGCGGGCUAAAUCCUAUGCCUAUGACGUGGAACAGAACGUCGAAAUUCGCGCGAAGGGUGUUAUGAGGCACGUGAUUCGUAAUCACCUCACUUUCGCCGAGCAUAAGCGGUGCUUAUUCGCUGACGUGGACGACGAUGCAGAAUCCGACGAGUGCGACGACGAAUUCGACGCAAAUAUGGGGAAAAUGAUCGCUGCCGAUUCCGCACUUAAAGCUGUCGCUCAAAUUCAUCGGAACGCCUCAACCGGCUCAACCAAUUCGUCGACGACGGUUGCGGCGGCGGCGUCGGUCACGCAUCCAUCCCACGUCUACAGCUACAUGCCAUUCACGCCGUAUAGGGAAAAUGUGUCUAUACGCUCGUUUAAGCACGAGUUACGCACAAUUAGAUCUAUGAAACUCGUCUUGAACAGGGCAGACGACAAGCGUUACGUGUUACCGGACAACAUUUCGACGUACGCACACGGUCAUCACCGCAUAAAUUAUUAA